UUCAAUAUUACCCCACCCUCACCUCUACGGUGUCGCCUGUGUCCUUUCCAGUUUUUCACGGCACCGCAGCAACCGUGGCAAGUUCACAUCCUCACACACUCUCUCUUUCUCACACCUACCGAAUCAAUGGUUUCUUCAACAAUAAAUCCAAACAACAACAAAUAACCGCAAAUCAAUGGCUUCUUCAACACUAAACCCAAACAACAACAAAUAACCGUUUUCACUUCAUCACAAAAAUCAAUGCAAUGCACUUCGCAAUGGAUUUCGCAAAACACAUAACCACAAAACCUCCCUUAAUCUUCACACGUCCUUUAACCUGGAUAACUUCCACUAUCCCCCGUUACCAACCCCGCCACUCUCCACCGCCACCGCCACCGCCGCCGCCACUGCCAGAUUCAAACAAACCGCAACUAACUUCUCUACCUUCUAUCCUUUCUCACAAAGUUCUAGAUUCUUCCAAAUGCAAAACGAUUUUACCUCAUUUAACAUCUCACGAAUUCGAACGCUUAUUCUUCAUUCAUCAUUCCACCGUUAACCUCAAAACGACGCUCGAUUUCUUCCGUUUUGCUUCAACUCAAUACAAGUUUCGUUUCACCGUUCGUUCUAACUGUCUUUUGAUUCGUUUGCUUCUUGCUUCGAAUCAUUUGCCGCGUGCUAGGUUUAUGUUGAAACGUUUAAUCAACGGCAAUGUUUUGACGCCGUUGAAAAACAUUGACGGUAGGCUUAGUGAGAUUGCUUCGUCGUUUCUUGAACUGAAUCGGUUAACGGAUCAAAGUUACGGUGAAUUGGAUUUGUUGCUUUAUAUUUUGUGUUCACAGUUUCAGCAUUUAGGUUUUCAUUGGGCUUUUGAUAUUUUCACAUUGUUUACUAGUAAUGGUGUUUUUCCGUCGCUUAAAACAUGUAAUUUUUUGAUGAGUUCUUUGGUGAAAUCCAAUGAACUUCACAAGAGUUAUAGAGUUUUUGACGCCGUUUGUCGUGGUGGUAUUUCUCUUGAUGUUUACACGUAUGCAACUGCGAUUAACGCGUUUAGUAAGGGUGGAAAGGUUGAUGAUGCGGUUGGUUUGUUUUUCAAAAUGGAGGAGCAAGGUGUUUUGCCUAAUGUGGUUACUUACAAUAACUUGAUUGAUGGGUUAUGUAAGUGUGGAAGGUUAGAAGAAGCUUUUAGGUUUAAAGAUAAGAUGGUUGAGAACAAAGUUAACCCUAGUUUAGUUACUUACGGUAUUCUUGUUAAUGGUUUGAUGAAGGCUGGGAAAUUUGAUGAGGUGAAUUCGGUUUUGGUUGAAAUGUAUAGCAAGGGGUUUUCCCCUAAUGAGUUUGUUUUUAAUGCACUUAUUGAUGGAUAUUGCAGGAAAGGGAAUAUGAAUGAUGCAUUGAGGAUUAGGGAUGACCUGAAGUUGAAGGGAUUGAAACCUAAUGCUGUUACUUUUAAUACUCUUUUACAGGGUUUUUGUAGGAGCAAUCAAAUGGAGCAAGCUGAGCAAGUGUUAGAGUACUUGUUAUCGAACGGUUUGUCCGUUAACGAGGAUGCUUGUUCUUAUGUGAUUAACUUGUUAUGCAAUAGUUCCAGGUUUGAUUCGGCCUUGGAAAUUGUCAAGGAGUUGUUAUUGAGGAACAUUAGGGUUAAUGAUAGCUUGCUAACUUUGUUGGUCUGUGGACUUUGUAAAUGUGGAAAACACUCAGAGGCGAUUCAGCUUUGGUUUAGACUAGCAGAUAAAGGGCUUCCAGCGAAUACUGCGACAUCGAAUGGGCUUCUCGAUGGACUUUGUGAAAGGGGGAACAUGGAAGAGGUCUUUGCGGUAGGCAAACAAAUGGUGGAGAGAGGUUUGAUACUCGAUGGGAUUUCAUACAACACACUAAUUUUUGGCUGUUGUAAAUCAGGUAAAAUCGAGGAAGCUUUCAAGCUUAAGGAAGAGAUGGUGAAGCAAGGAUUCAAACCUGAUACUUAUACCUACAAUUUCCUAAUGAAAGGGUUAGCUGAUAAGGGUAAACUAGAUGAUGUUGAUAAGGUUUUGCAUGAAGCCUUAGAACGUGGCGUGGUUCCAAAUAUCUAUACAUAUGCAUUAAUGUUGGAAGGAUAUUGUAAGGCUGAUAGGAUUGAUAAUGCUGUGAGCUUGUUCAACAAUUUAGUUCAUAAGGAAGUAGAACUUAGUUCUGUUGUUUAUAACAUACUUAUUGCAGCCCAUAGUAAAGCUGGGAAUUUUAUGGAAGCCUUCAAACUCCGUGAUGCUAUGAAAAGUAGGGACAUUCUUCCUACGAUUCCCACAUAUUCUUCUAUAAUACAUGGAAUGUGCCGUAUUGGCCGUAUUGAGGAGGCGAAGGAAAUUUUUGAAGAAAUGAGAAAUGAAGGAUUGAUGCCAAAUGUGUUUUGUUACACUGCUCUAAUUGGUGGUUACUGUAAAUUAGGUCAGAUGGAUGAAGUUUAUAGUAUCUUACAGGAAAUGACAUCAAAAUGUAUACAGCCUAAUAAAAUUACAUACACUAUUAUGAUUGAUGGUUAUUGUAAAUUGGGAAAUACGAAAGAAGCGACUAAGCUUUUAAAUGAAAUGAUAUCAAAUGGAAUAUCACCGGAUACUGUUACUUACAAUGUAUUGCAAAAAGGAUAUUGCAUGGAAAAGGAGCUCGAUGAAACUCUUCAAUGCAAUCAGGUGCCUAAUACAGGAGUACCCAUAGAAGAAAUAACAUAUGCCACAUUGGUUGAGAAGUUGCAUCCACACACAGAUGCAGCAAUUAGUAAUCAAGAUUAAUGAGCACACUACUCAAAACACUUGAUACUUAAUCAAUAACUGAACUCUCGUCGUUGAGACUGCCAUUGUUAAGCUUGAUUUCAAGCUCAUUAUUUGAAAGAUGAAGGUUCCAUGUGGUUACUGGCAACAGCUAAAGCAACAUACUCUUGACUUGGCUUCCUAGUUCAACAAUGGGCCUUGGAUUUUAGAGGAACCUUUGUCAUAUGGUCUCUGGGUAUUGCUUGGACGGAAGAUGUCUUGGAUAUUGGAGAUAGCAUAACUAAGGGCAUUGCUUGGACUGCAGAUCUCUUGGAUACUGGAGAUAGCAUAGCAUUAUGAUUUGAAGAGACUGACUGGAAUAUGUCUCCAGUCUCCACGAAAGGAUUGUAUGGCACUUCAGGCAAGAGGGGAACUUGAUGUAGAAAAAAGCAACAGCAAUAAUUCAAAGACUAUUCAAAGUAUAUACAAGGUACGUGCUGGUAGUAAGUGAACUUGGUAGACUUUCAGGAAGCCCUGCAUUUAAGGAGAAUUUGAUUUUUGGGGAUUAGCUGUUGCAAUUUGGAAUUGGUUCUCCGCAUAAGCUCUGGAUAUAUAUAGUUGUAAGAUACAAAAUUUAUAAAUUUAAUUUACAUGCUGGCCAAUGACCUUUGGUUUCCUAUCGUCGUUCUCCCGGCUGCACCUUUUUGAAAGCCAUUGGAGGAAUUUAUUUUUAUUUAUAUAAAAAAAAAGACAGAAAGAACUAGUGGAAAGAUGAAAGGGAAACCAAACCUACAUCUUGAUUGUAGAUGUGAAUCCCUUGAAGUAUAGUGUCUUUCCUUAUUCCGAUACGACUGGGUUUUAAAGAAGUUAUAUAGAUAAAUUUAUCUGCUUCUUUCUUCUGGGUCAUUACCAAUGAAGAACGGAGAUUUUAAUUUGUACUCUGGUACUUAUUUGGAUCAGACACAUUUCUAAUACUACCAGGAGCCUUUUAUAA